AUGAUUUCAAGCAGCUUUAUGAGAGGUGUACGAACAUUCUCUGCCGCAUUCUAUUUAUUGUUUACCUUAAUUUCCAUACCGAUUUCGUUCAAAAUUGGAGGCCUACAGUGUGGAUUGGCCUUUACCGCCACUUUAUUCACAAUAUAUUUCUUAUCUACCACAUUAAGUCUCCUGGCAAGGAAAUAUGGUAGCAAUUUUUCCAUCUUUCUAACUGGAUUCCUUUAUUAUUCACAACAUUUAAUCAUUGCGUCUCUAUUGUACCUUUUCCUUUCUGGCUUUUCUCAUGAAGAUUUAACAAUCCCAUUAUCGGAUGAUACACAAAAAGUGGAUAUAAUUAGCGAUGUAGUUAGAAGAAACUUAUCUUCAACAAAUUCAAACUGGAAUUUGUACCAUAAUUAUUAUACAUUUUUCGUUCAACCAUGGAAAUAUCUUCUAUCUUAUUCUACUCCAUUCUUCACCUUAUCUGAAGGAUUCUUUACAAUAUUGGCAAUUCAAGCUGUCGGUGAAACAAAUAAAUGGUUAGUUAACGAAAUCAACUCAAACACUUGGAUCAUAUCGUCAUUAUUGACAUCAGGAGGUGUCAUAACUGCAUCAUUAUACUAUCUAUAUCGUAUAUAUGUCACACCAAUUUGGCAAUUAUCUAUUCAAACAGCAUCUUUGCUAGGCUUUACACUCUCUCUAGUGGGAGGUCUAGGCUUGUAUGGGAUUGUCACUGAAAAGGGUUCCGUCAUUGAAAGUUCAUUAUUCUUUGCAUAUAUUGUUCGUUGCAUAUAUGAGAUAUCACCAAAGUUAGCCACUACAGCAACAGAUGAAAUCUUGGAAAUUUUCAAAGAAGUUUGGCAAAGACAUCAAGGAAAUCUACCAACUACUGAUAAUCUUCUAUUUUACUAUAAUAACUUUGUGUUGAGACAUAUCGAUAUGUUAUGGGAACUUCUCGUGUCGAAAAUCAAUCAAAAUGAUCCAAAUAAUACAUUGCCAUCAUCAUUUAAUAUCAAUUUUUUAACCACUUUCCUCUCUAAAGAUUUACUUUUGAGAAUAUGCAAACCUAUCUGGAAACUAUUCAAGAAUUUUACAGUUUCAGUACCAUCAUCCAUCUCUGAAUUAGUAUUAGUAACGUAUCAAAUGGCAAGAGAAUCUGUAUCACCAGCAGUGGUCAUAAAUUUAUGCUUCAGAGUUUUGAUUUUUUAUUCAGCUACAAGAAUUAUUCCAGCGUUACAAAGAAGAAAUGAUAGUGAACUAAAGAAAAGUCGUCGUAUAAUGAAAAUAUUGUAUUGGUAUAGUCCGUGUGUCUUAAUUGCCAUGUAUACACAUUUAAUUCUACAAUAUUCAGGUGAAUUAAAGAAAGAUUUAUGUCUAUGGGGAUGUAAUUUAAAAUGGCUAAUACCAAAUCAACCGGAAUUGAUCGUGGAUAGUUGGGGUUUUUGGAAUUGGUGUAAUAUAUUUUUCACAAUCAUAAUAUAUGCCAGUGAAUUGUUCGGAACCACUGCUACUGCGAACAAACAAUAA